UGUCUUUCAAAAUUUUAAAUUUUAUAAUUUUCUUUCAAAUUAAUCAAUUUUUCGAACGGCAAAAUGUUGAUGUUUUGUCCCACGUGCGGUAAUUUAUUACUAGUUGAGGAAGGUACCGAUUCGCUGCGUUUUUCCUGCAACACCUGUCCGUACAUCUGUAAAAUCAAGCGAAAAAUUUCGACCCGCAUCUACCCGAAGUUGAAGGAAGUGGAUCAUGUUAUGGGUGGUUCUGCCGCCUGGGAAAACGUAGAUUCAACAGAUGCCGACUGCCCGGCCUGUGCCCACAAUCGUGCAUAUUUUAUGCAGAUGCAAACGCGCUCGGCGGACGAGCCUAUGACCACAUUCUACAAGUGCUGUAGUCCGACCUGUGGUCACAACUGGAGGGAUUAG